AAACAGUACACACGCCUUACUAUAACAUGAAGCUAUCUUACUACUGUUCACUGCUCCUCCAAGAUGACUCUUUGCUGGCGAGCUCUCUUCCUCCUUUGCUGUGUCCUCAGCUGUGUGAAGUCCUUUUCUCCAUCUCCAGUCCUCCAGAAGAGUAAAUACAAAGACUCCUUUAGCCUCACAAGGUCAACCCGAACCCGUGUCCAGCAGCUGCAGAAGAAAUACAAGGAGCAGCAGUUGGGGAAUAAGCACUUCGAGGACAGAAGCCGGCAAUUAAAUGACCUGCCAUUGCUUUCUACAGAUUUCUACAGCUGGCUAAAGCUCACGGACUGGGAACGACUGCACAGUGCAUUUGUGGACAUGCAGGCCUAUUGGAAUAGGCUGGACCGGAAGAGAAAACAGCUGGAGGGGGACGAGAAAGAGCAGAUGGUGUCUCGGGCGGUCGGCACCACCCUACCUCAGAACAUCAGGCACGUUCAGCAUGACCUGAGGGACCUGAUGAGCCAAGUCAGCAGCCAGAUGAGUUACAUGAGGAGUUCUUGGACAAAGCCAACCUUUCCUACACCAUUAAACCCUCAAAACAGAUCCCAAACGGUUUGGGACAGCAGUGUGGAGGGUUACAUCAUUCUGCGGGAUCUAGACCUUUACCUCACCAGGCUGGCAAGAGACUUCCUGUUUCUGGCUUCGAAAACACACUGAUGACUCAGCGCUGAAACAGAACCGUGACGACAAAAAAACAGCAAAACUAAGAGAAGGCAAUGAGCACUUAUUGGGAAUAAUACCCAAGUUAGUACUUUAGGAGAUCUUAUUUUUGCUAGUCACAUUUUUUACAUGAUGUUUUACUGUAUGUCUAAGGGUUUUCUUGGGUAUUUCCCACAGUUUCUGUAUCCUCUCUAACUUACAGUUAGCAAUAAGCUCCCAACACAGACAACACUUCCCAACAUCCUGU